AUGACAGACAAGGAGGCACAGCUGGAGAAGGGCAUCGAGCUGGCCCAGGCGCACAAGACCGAAGAGGCCAGGGCCAUCUUCGCGGCUCUCGCCACAGACCCGGAUUGCUCUUCAUUUCAUCUCGACGCCUGGUGGCUGUUGAGCAAAACUCUGUUUGAGCUCGACCAGCUCGAGGAGUCCAGGGACGCGGUCAAGGAGGCGCUGGCUCUGGUGCCCGAGGGCAGCCAGAGCAGCCAGCUGGAGAGCUUCCUUGCGACGCUGGAGUUGCGGCUUUCACUCACCAAGGAGCAGCGGGCGGCCCUCGACGAGUCCGACCGACUCAACGGAGAGGCCAUCGACCUGCUGCACGAUGGCAACGUCGACGCCGCCGUCGAACUGCUCCAGCGAGCCGUGGAGGCCUACGAGCGCAACGAAGGCGCGCUGUCCAACCUGACCCGAUGCCUGGUUGAGAUGCGCGAGCUCGACGACGCCGAACGGUACGCGCAGAAGCGCGCCGACCUCUUCCCCGACAGCACAGGCGGCUGGGUCAACCUCGGCUACGUGUACGAACUCAAGGGGGACUACCUGAAGGCGGUGGAGUGCUACGAGCAGGCGCUGGCGAUCGACCCGGACGACGAGCUGGCCAAUCGAGGGCUGGACGUGGCCAAGCCGCGGCUGAUGGCGUCCUUCCUGCCCAACGUGAGCUGCGUCAGCGUGUCGGGCAGCAUGGAAGACGGCUUCACCGAUGAGGACCUCGCCAAGAUCAUGGGCGCGCUCAACACUGCCUCCUCGAGAAGCGAGCAUGACGACGGCCGCGACGACGAACCAUCAUCGUCGUAG